UGCCGGUCACGUGACCCCCCCCCCCGUGACAAAACAUGGCGGCCGCCUAGUGGCUGGGUGAUGAACGUUCUCUGACAAAGGGAACAAACUGACGCCCUCCCGCUCGCUCCGUCCACGUAAAAACACCGACAACGCGAUGAAGAAAUUCCAUUGAUGGCGACCACGCCCAUCCGCCCGCCCUCAGCGAUGAGCGCCCACGUCGACCCGGUCGCGGUGGAGUCGGCCGUGGUGUCGGCCGUGGUCCUGUGCGUCCACGCGGCGCUGUGGAACCAGCACUCUUGGUGCGCCGUGGCGCUGCUCAUCCAGGCCUUCUACGUGCAGUACAAGUGGGACCGCCUGCUCAAGUCGGGCGGCGCCGUGUUCCAGUUCCGCCCCGCCGCCAACAGCGGCAUCGUCCCGGCGUCCGUGGUGAUGCCGCUGCUGGGUCUGGUCCUGCGGGCCAAGUGCGCCUCCGCCGGCAGCGUCCACCUGGAGCGCUUCUCCAUGGUGGUGACGGUGAGCGGCAUGGUCCUGGCGCUCUUCCUGUCCCUGAUCGCGCUGGGCAUCACGCGGCCCGUGCCCGCCAACACCUGCGCGGUCGCCGGCCUCUCGGCCGCCGCCAUCCUGUACAGCGCCAAGCAGACCCUGACGGUGUCGGAGGUGAUCGAGGUUCUGGAGGUGCUCCUGAUCUUCGUGUACCUCAGCCUGAUCGUGCUGUACCUGCUGCCGCGCUGCUUCACGCCCGGCGAGGCGCUGCUGGUGGUGGGCGCCGUCAGCUUAGUGGUCAACCAGCUCAUCAAGCGCUCGCUGAACUGGAGCGAGGCCCAAGGGGGCGACCCGGUCAACUACCUGCUGCCCGUUCUGGUGGCGGGCUGCCUCCUGCUGGGCGUGGUCUUCGCCCUGCUCUUCUGCUUCAUGGAGUCGGAGACGUGGGUGUCGUCGCUCUUCUUCCACACCAUGACGGCCGUGCUGGGCCUGGGGGUCCUGGUGCCGUGGCUCUCGCUCUUCAUCGGGCGCCAUCCCUUCACGUGGUUGUGGGACUUCGUCACCUUCAACCGGCGCCGCCUGGGCCUGGUGGCGUACUGGGCCGCGCUGUGCUUGGCCGCCGCCUGCGUGGUGCUGCAGCAGAACUACCGGCGCCGCGCGGGCUCCAAGAAGCACCGGGCCUCCACGGUGGUGCGCAAGUACUUCCACGUCCUGGCGGUGGCCACCUUCGUCCCGGGUCUCCUGUACGACCGCCAGCUGCUGCACGUGGCGUCGGUGGGCUGCCUGGCCGUCUUCCUCUUCCUGGAGUACGUGCGCUACUUCCGGAUCAAGCCGCUGGGGCGAGCCCUGCGCCAGCUCCUCACCCUGUUCCUGGACGAACGGGACUCGGGCCCGCUCAUCCUCACCCACGUCUACCUGCUGCUGGGCAUGGCGCUGCCCGUCUGGCUCUUCCCGGGGGGGUGCGCCCCCAAGGGGACGCUCCCCGGGGCGGGCGGCCUGGUGCCGUACGCCGGCGUGCUGGCGGUGGGCGUGGGCGACACGGCGGCGUCGGUCUUCGGAAGCACGCUGGGCGAGAUCCGGUGGCCCGGCACCAAGAAGACGGUGGAGGGCACGGCCACGUCGGUGCUGGCCCAGAUCGUCGGCGUGGCCGUGUUGCUGAUUUGGGACGCGGGCGUGGACCUCAACGGCGCCUACUCGUGGAUCUUGGGCUCGGUGGCGCUGGUGGCCAUGCUGGAGGCGUACACGUCGCAGAUCGACAACCUGCUGCUGCCGCUCUACCUGCUCAUCCUGCUCAUGCUCUGACGCCGCAAAAGACGCAGAAUUGGCGCCCGCGGAUGGCCGCCGAGCCUACAAAUUUCCUUCCCGGAAAAUGUUUUGGGUUCAUCCUGAAAAUUCACCAGACACCCCAAAAGUUGUGUACGAUUAUGUUUAUUGUUAUUUAUUCCCAUGCGCCGUCGUCGAUCAAAAAGAAAGCCUUAAGUCGUGUCAAGUGGUUCUGAUUCUGAUUUUCCCGGCUUUCGUGGGACCUCUUCAGUUAAGUAUGUUUAAAAAAAAAAAAAAGUAUAAUUUCCGACCCAUUGAGCUAUUUUUCCAAUGAUUUUUUUAAUUUCUCAAUUUUACCAUAAGCGCAUGGCUGAAUUUUGGAUGGUGUCAUUUUUUUUUUUGCAAGUUUUGCGGUUCCUCAAACCCUUGAAAAUGAUUUUUGUCCGUUUCUGAACACGCGCUUGUAUUUUUUUAAUCCUGUCACGUUGACAUUUUUUACAGUUUUAAAUGGAAGUUGUGAUUAUUAAUUCCGAUCCUUUUUUAAUUAUUUUGUCUCCUUUGAACAUAUUUAGCAUGUCCCUGCAUUUUUUUUUUUUUUUUUAAUCAUGUGAUGUUGCAUGUGGAGCGCGUCACAAUUUAUUUACAUUUGUGUGAAAGCACUUUUGGACAAGAAUCACGAGAAUUAAAGUACACGCGCAAAUAAUA